UCUAACCAGGAACGAUCGUUAACGUUUAAUCGACCCGUUCAGGUCUAACAUCUGCGAUACGUCAAGUUCGUGUGCUUUCACCGGAACCUCGACCAUCGCCGGAACUUGCGAUCCACUGAAAGGAGCUGCGGUUGUGAAGGAUGUUGGCUUGCGCACAGGAUACCAUCUAGCUCAUCAAAUCGGGCACACAUUAGGAAUGUCGCACGAUAUUCAAGAGGAAAAUGGCUGCCCCGGUAUUAUUCAACGUAGAAAAGGGUAUAUCGAGACCACGGUCAUGUACCCCGGAAGUUUAUACGUCACGAGGAAGUGGUCUAAGUGCUCGAGGAAGUCUCUGAAUUCGUACAUCGAAGCUGGUUUCGGAUUCUGUUUGGAGGAUAAACCUUACAUUCACGAGUUUCCCAGCACGGAGUUACUUCCGGGGGUAAUGUACAACGCGGACGAUCAAUGUCGGCUGGAAUAUCGCAAGAAUGCACGAUACUGCGAUAUAGGAAUCAGCUGCGAGAGCCUGAGGUGCGCCAUUCCCGGAAGGGGUUGCGUGUCUGCCCGGAAACCACUGGCCGAAGGCACCAGUUGCGGGAAAAACAGGUGGUGUUAUGGAAUGAAAUGCCUUAUGGUCGGCGAGAGGCCAGGAGUGGUAGACGGCGAUUGGGGUGGUUGGUCACCUUGGAGUCGAUGUUCUCGAAGCUGCGGUUCCGGCGUGGCUUUCUCGGUCAGACGAUGCAGCAACCCUUCGCCUUCGAACGGUGGAGCGUAUUGUCGGGGCGCAAGAAAGCGGCAUAAAAUCUGCGCGACAAACCCGUGCGACGUUGACGCGCCAUCGUUUCGCGACGUUCAAUGCGCCGAAUUCAACAGCUGGAUCUUCCCGGAAGACGGAAAUGUUCACCGAUGGACGGCUUACAAUCUACCGGAAAAUUUGAUAGCCUCGGAGAAUCCGUGCGCCCUUUAUUGCCUGAGCGAGAGGAAGGUGGUUGCCUCCCUAAGACCGAAAGUCAUCGAUGGCACCACCUGCUACAGGGGUAUUCGUGACAUUUGCGUGGAAGGGAUUUGCAGAGAAAUACCCUGCGAUCUGAAUAUGGAAUCGAACGCCAUCGAAGAUGUAUGCGGCGUUUGCAGGGGUAACGGAACAUCCUGUAGACUGAAGGAGGCUAUAAUAACCAUCGAAAUGGCAUCUCAACCGAAGAAAAUAGUGGACGUACCGAGCGGAGCGACGAAUAUCCGGGUUGAAGAAACCGAACCAACGAAAUCCAGGAUAAUGGUGCGGAGCAAAGACGGGAAAUCAUUGAUUGAUGGCGAUCGUUUAGGAAUGUUCGAGGUGGCGGGCUCGAAGGCGUGGCUAGGAACGAUAAGGCCGAACCAGGAGGCUCUGAACAUACCUGGACCAGUCAUGAAAGACUUGCUUAUAUUGGUUCACCCGAAAGAGAACGUGACGGUGAAGUAUUCGUACGGUGUGAAAGAGAAGAGCCCUCGUAAGCCGGAAUUCUCGUGGGACUUUGUCGACUGGGAAAAAUGCAGCGCGAAUUGCGGCCCAGGCGAGCAGAUUUCCAAGCCUCGUUGCUUAGAAAAAGUCGCCGGCUUGGUCGACGAGAUGUUUUGCAAGAACAUCCGAAAACCGGAGGCGAAAGUGAGACCCUGUCAUCGGGCUCCUUGUCUGCCGAGAUGGAUGAUCGGUGACUGGCAAGGAUGCACAUCCUGCCUACUCGGCUGCGAGAAGCGGCGAGCCGUCAAAUGCGUACGUCCUGUGGGCAACGCCGAGCAGGAUGUAGAUAUUAUCGCUGACAGCUACUGUCAAGCACCGAAGCCGAAGGAACGUGAAUCCUGCAGCGAUCGAAAGAAGCGGGACGACGACACGACACGCGAAGAAAGGAACAAAAACGAUCCGAAUAGAAAAAGUUCCGAAACUCGAACGGAAAGAAAGCAGGAUACAAAGGAAUCUCCGAUCGUGAAGAAGGGUGAAGUGGUGAUCGAUAAAGAAGAUAUUAAAAAUUUAACGCUCACCAUCUUCCUUGAACGAGACGAAGAGACCGGUGCUUUAAACUUUCCGAAGGAUUUCGAGCCUCGGCCAUCGGCAAACAGUACCGAAUUCACUUUAGUUGGAAUGGAUGCAAUUAGAUACAUACAAAAAAUACAAGAGAACGCUGGGAUCAGCAAAAAGCAUACUUACCUAUAA